AGUCUUUGUUGAUCACAUGACUCAUAUUUUCACGUGAAAAUACAACAUGGCUGCAAUUUCCGAUAAACAUUUUUCUGCCUUGCAAUUUCUUUUAAAGGCUCCAUCGAAAGAUGCGGUGCGUCUACUGUGUGCCGAUAGUUUCCCUGCUGGAGCCCCUGAGUCGCGGCGGCUCGCGGAAAGCACGGCAGGGAACCUGUCUGUAUCUGCAAUCGAGGCAAAAGAGCUAAUCUGUGCUCUGCACAAUCUAUCACACCACAUCCUUUUCCAUAACCUGAACGUGCCCGAACAGAUCCUUGCACUUUUCCCUGAGUCAUUCCACUCCAGCCUCAAGAACCUCAUCACUAAGAUUAUGCUUGAACACAGUCCCACAUGGAGAAAUGAGGUCCUGUCUAAUCAAAUCUCGCUUCCGCAGCUAGUGGAGAUGGACUGGAGAGUGGACAUGAAGACGGCCUCUGACUCAGUCAGUCGCAUGGCUGUGCCUACCUGUCUAGUGAACAUGAAGGUGGAGGACUCCAGCUGUCCAGGGGUCAAUGGUGCUGUCUCGUCAGUCACGGUGGAGUUGAGCAAGGAGACUCUGGACACCAUGUUGGAUGGCCUGGGUCGAAUCCGUGACCAAUUGUCAGUGGUGGCAGGAAAAUGAGACAUAGCCAGAGUAACUACACCUGAGGCCUUGAAUGAAUACUCUCAAUACUCUACAGUGAUUAUCACUUAUUUUUUUAGUUAAACUGCACAAGUAAAAUGGUUAAACUGUCUGAUAUUUACUAUUCUGUUGCGGUUUUAGCGUGAUUCUCAACCCACUGAGAUAGAACUAAUACGAUUAACAUUUUCUCCUACUCAAAACAAGUCUGAAAUGAUGAAGACAACCACAAGGAAACAACCAACAGUGUAGCAGCCAUGAAAAUGAAGCCUGACAGAAUUGUACAUUCCGUUGCAUGUGUUUGUGUCAGUUGCAUUGAAGAAAAGGAGUAGAAGUCAUUUCUUUCGACUCGACUAAAAGAUGGAAAAUGUAAACUUGCACUCUACCAGAAAUCCCAGGAGAGGGAGGGAGACAUGCACAUAAAAGGAGUGUCACUACAUUCCUCAUAGGCCUGUCCGUUUUUCUGUCAUUUGAGUAAAAAGGGUCUUCGUUCAUUUGACUAUGUCAAUAC